UGUUUUUCCACCAGUUGAUUACCCGCCACCACUGAAGAGGAUGCGGCACGGCGGCCUCUUGUUGCGUGCCGUGGCGACGCCGUCACGGCGGUACUAUGCUCAGCGCGCGGCGUCGACAGCGGCGACCUCUGGUAGUGGAAUGACUGUGUCUCGCCAUGCCGUGGCAACCGAGGCAAAGGAAGUGUUCAAGCUUAUGUUUGGGACGUUUACGAUGCUACUUGGUGGUGGCAUGGGUGUUGGGUACGCAGUGGAGAACUACAAGCGCAUGCACCCACCGAUGCCGCCUGGGCAACUCGUGGAAAUCACUGUUCAAGGGCAUCAGUCGUUGGUGCAUGCCCAAGUCCGUGGCGGCGGUCGCGUACCAGUGAAAGGCACGGUGCUGCUCGAUGGGAGUCUUGGCGAAACAUCCUUUGACUGGGACAAAGUCAUGGCUGCACUGCCCGACGACACCCAAGUCAUUGCGAUCGACCGGCCCGGACUCGCAUUUUCUGCCCCCAGUCCGUUCGCUCGAACGUCCGACAUGAUUUCAAAGGAAUAUCAACAAGUGCUAACGCAGCUCCAAGUGACUGGCCCUGUUGUCCUCGUCGGCCACGGCACGGGCGGCUACCACAUGCGCCAACUGGCUGCCGACCUAGCGUCGUCGUCCGAUGUGUCAGUCGCAGGGCUUGUCCUUGUCGACGCCAUGCACGAAUCGGUGAAUCCAGCGCUGAAAGCGAUCUCGCCACAUGUGCAGGAAGCGCUGGCGGCACGUCGACAGAACGCUUUCACCCUGCUCAAGAUGUCACAUGUGGGCUUGGUUCGACUCGUGCACACGCUGCAGUCAAAGCGGAACGCAGCUCGAUUUUCCACCACGUCGAUGCCCUUCAUCGACUACUUCACGCCUAGCCCACCCCACCGCCGCGGUGUUGUGCAUGAGAAUGACGCCGUGGAUGCGAUUGAGGAAGCUCUGACGACGUCGCCGCUGCCUAUACUGCAAGUGCCGAUCGUCGUUCUUUCCCAUGGCAACCGCACCAUGUUUGAGUCGAUGAAGAUGGAGCCUGGCAUCACAGACGAGAUCGUGGACGACAUGGAAGCGCAAUGGGCCAACGGACAAACCGCCCUCACCAAGCUGGGUGCCACGUGCAUCCACCACAUCCUCAAGGACGCGGGCCACGAUAUUCCCCAUGAAAAGCCCGACGCAGUGGCCAAAGCCAUCGUGGCCGUCCUCGACGAUGCCCAUGGCGAUGCCACAAACGGCCUCCAGUCGCUCAAGGUCAUGGAAUGAUGGCGGCGUUGACGAUAGAGUGUAGCUUAUGGCUAAAACGCCGCAGUUGCCUUGGAAGUCGAUAUUCCACAUCGGUGACAUCAGCAUGUAUGACC